CUCAUCCUUCUGCUAGCAAGGUUUCAACAGAAAAAUCACUCCUGACAUGUGGGCAACUUUUGGCUACAAUAUGACAGAACAUGGAAUUUUCUGGCCUUUGUACCAGAAGAUCCUCAAGACUCUGAGGCUGAUCUGAGUGAUGAUGACACAGUAGGGGAUCCUGAUUUUCUGCCCAAAUAAGUAGAGUUGAUCGGGGAUCUUUGCACUCAAUCUUCAGAUGAAGAGUUGCCCUCUAAAAGCACAUCUGCAAAGAGGAAGAAUACCCUAGAAACAUUCAAAGAAGAGGUGGAUGAGGCUCCCUUUUCACCCCCGGUGUCAAAAAAGAAGAAAACGUCAGAAAAGAAACAAAAAGAAGCCAGGAGGAUCUAGAAGCAUGUAGAUAUUGAGGAAUUCCAGGUCCCUGAUUCAUGUUUUGCAUCCCCAGAUCCUGUCAAGACACUCUUCCAGUACUUCAAAAUGCUCUUGACUGAUGGGAUGAUUCAACAUAUUGCUUUUCAAACCAACCUGUACUCUGCCCAGAAGUUGGGGGAUCCCAUCAAACACAAACCUAGUGAGAUUGAAGAUUUCCUGGGUAUGCUAUUUUUCAUGGGUAUUCUUCAAUUUCCGACCAUAGCAGACUACCGGUGCCCUGCAUCACAUUUUGACGUGAUUGCUGACAUCAUGCCAAAGAGGAGAUUCAUGCUGUUCCGUGGCAUUGAUCUUUCCGACAUGCUAGUUCACCUAUACAAGACCCCAGCCAAGUCAACCCGUUGGUACUUCCCCCUGUUUGGAUACGCCCUAGAUCUGUGCAUCUCCAAUUCCUGGCUGGUCUACAAGAGAGACUGUGGCCUUCUGAAGGAAAAACCAAUUCCUCUGAAAAUGUUUCGCUUGGAUGUGUCCCACACUUUGAAACAAGUCAACAAGCCAGCAUCCAGAGUAGGCCGACUACCGUCUGCCAGUCCACCAAAUAUGUCCUGUGAGAAGAAACACUUUUCUCCACCACCCGGCAGGGCCAACCCAGGCACUUCUACCCAGUAGAAUCGGGGUACCAGUUCCAGGUCCAGGUCCAGUUCGGAAGGAAUC